GUCAUGGCGGCGGGACUUUUUGGUUUGUAUGCUCACCGUCUUUUUGCGGCAACAGCGAUGCGAGGGUUCCCAGCUGUCCGUGUCUGUUGGGAAUCCAGUGCUUCCAGGGCUGCAGUUACUCCAUCUGCCAUAGGGAAGCGGCCGCAAGAAGCGAGCAUUAGCUGGCGGGAGGAUUCAGAUCCCAAGGACGAAAACCUCUACGAGAAGAACCCAGACUCCCAUGGUUAUGACAAGGAUCCUGUUGUGGACCUCUGGAACAUGCGCAUUGUUUUCUUCUUUGGCUUUUCCGUUGUCCUAGUCCUUGGCAGCACCUUUGUGGCUUACCUACCUGAUUACAGGAUGCGUGAGUGGGCCCGCAGGGAGGCUGAGAGGCUUGUGAAGUACCGAGAAGCCAAUGGUCUCCCUAUCAUGGAAUCCAAUUGCUUUGACCCCAGCAAGAUCCAACUGCCAGAGGAAAAGGACUAA